AUGCCUACGCUCACAGACCUCCCCAACGAGAUACUCAUCGCCAUCGCCUCCCAUCUGCGCUACAAGGUCGGCAUCCCCUCCCACAAAACAACCUACGAGCUCGCCCUCGCAACCCUCUGCCUCACAUGCCGCCGCUUCCGCGCCGUCAUCCAACCCAUUCUCUUCGGGAGCAUCCACCUCCCGCUGCGUCCUCUCGUAAGCGAUCCGACGAAGCCGUUUCUGCGCCUCGUGCGCACGCUCACUGCAACACCGAAGCUCAGGCAAGCGGCCGCAGCGCUAGAUAUCGAGCUCCCGUCCGGGUACUAUGUGCCUAAAUUCCCGAAGGACUUUGAUUGGGGGAGAGUGAGGGAGGAUGCAGUGGGUAUCGACGCGGGUGUUUUCGGAAGGGACGAGGAGUGGAGGGAUGGUAUGAAGCUCCGUGUGUGGCCGCAUGUCGUCUUCCUCGUGUCGCUGCUGCCGCAGCUGCAGACACUGAGGGUGAUAUCGAUUACGGGUGGUACGGCAGAGCCGCGGCAGAUGCAUGAGUUUCUGGGCGCGUCUGAGCGGCGCAAAGAGGUGGUGCUUGAGCUGACUAAGUCCGGGCAUGCCGAGCAGCGCCAGGGGAUCGAGGAUCUCGCGCCGCUGAUGGGAGUCCCGACACUGCGGAGAACUACGAUUGACAACGUAGCCCUGCUUGGAUCGGAGGAGCUCGUGAGGACGUGCUUCCCGCUGCGGUCCUCGCUCAUCGAGCAGCUCGACUUGCGCGAUUGCCCAAUGACCGGUAGUUGCAUCGGCGGCUUUCUGGCUGGUUUCCGCGGCCUGAAAAGCUUCUCGUACAGCGCGUGGAAGCCCAUCGAGCAGGACCUUUUCGGCGUGGACGAGAAAGUCUGGCAUGCUGCACUUCUUCCCCACGCUUCCACACUCGAGGAACUGCACCUAGACUGCGUAACCGAAAAGUCGCUCUACGGCUACAAUUUCCACACCGUCCCCGAAUACGAACUCUACGCCUGGCCGUCUUUCGCCCCCUUCACGCGCCUCAAGAAGCUGGAGAUCGAGUACCGGCGUCUGGACAUGCGCGACGAGCAGCUCGGACUCCCCGCGUCAUUGGAGAAGCUGAGGCUGCUCGAUUGUCGGAACAUCGGUGGCGCUGCGGAGUUGCAGUACUUGUGCGGGAUCCCGGCUGGCUCCUUCUACCCGGGGCUGCGCAAGGUCGUGGUUAACAUGUCAAGGAACUGUUUGGUUGCCGAGAAGUUACUCACUGAACAUGGGUUUGAGUGGGAGAGGGGGAUGGCACGGGGAGAGAGGAUGGAGGCUGUUGUGGAGAGGGGGUGCAAGGUCGCGUUCGUGCUAGAGUAUACGGGGUACUAUGAGGAGGAAAGUGCGUGA